AUGGAAGGAAGCGUGGUUGAAGGUAUUUCUACCUCUCUCCCGACCUGCCCUCUAUUUUCGCAACCAUAUGACCCUCAGAGCCUUUUUGCUCCUGAGGAUCUGCCAACUCCCCCGUCUUAUCAUGAUAUGCAUGUGAAUGAUCUGGGGCUUACACCUCCCCCUGGGUCGCAGCUGCUACAACCUACCAAUGUCACUCCACCGCACCCCUUGCUUGACGAGCACGGUUCAUCCGACGAAGAUGCGAGGAUACCAAUGACCAGUCAGCCCGCAGGGUCCAACUACAAUGAUCAGACAAGAGGCCCACGCAAGGGCACACCCGACGACCCGUCUCUGUUGAGACAAGAGAGUUCAUCGAAUAACGAAGUUGGGCCACCUUUUCCCGGUAGUCAAGCCGCCAGUCCAGUCGUAUCGAUUGAGGUUGCCACAAAUGCCACAUUGCAGAGCAGACUUCCACAGCCCUUGGGCUCGAACAUUACGCCAAAUACGGAUGAUCCGCUCUACGAUCCUCUCUUUGGUCCCGACUUUGUGAUGCCCAAUUUCGACGCGAAUUCCUCGUCUUUGAAACGGACCGCCGACGAAGCCUUGGCUGAUGAUUUCCAAUUGUGGCAUAGGCCUGAGAAACGAUUGAUGCCAGAUUCACUACAAAGCUCCUGUGCGCCUUCUCUGGAUGCAACACCGUCUCUCUCCUCGCCCGACACUAUUCAGUUAGAUCAUUUGGAAACAGUGCCCAACACACCAGGUGGUAUUGCAGAGUCGCAAAUAUCCGCGCCUCCUUUUGACCCGUUUGAUCAUCUAUUUGAAGAUCCUGCCUUCCACAUUCCACCGAACCUAUCUGGAAUUGAGUAUUCCUCUGAGAAGAGACCAACACUUCACUCUGCAAGCGCGGAGUCUCCGUAUGAUGCGUCUCGUAGUCCGAGCUUGAAUUCUCGUGGCAAUGUCCAGGUGCAAGCUGCUGACAAGGUGACUUUCGAUCAUGAGGCUGUGGGCGUAUCACUUCCCACAAGUGAAGUGACCAAGCGACAGUUCUCUCUCCAUACCCAAGAUGUCCUUGCCAAUGCCGACCGUGAGACUCUGCAGCGAGUUGAUCAUGAACCUAAAUACACAUCUCCAUAUCCAGUGUAUCAUGGACCUUUGGGCUAUCUUCCCUCAGCUCCAGGUAUUCACGUCAAGUGCAUUCAGAUCGCCAAUGACCAGAUCAAUGCCCGCUUUUCGCAUCUCAAAUACAAAGUUCAGCAUCUCAAAUAUGAAAGAGACAAAUACAGGGAUGCGUGGUCUAAAUGGACAGCACUGGAAGCAUCAACAGGGAAGUCGAGGGCACAGAUACUCGAGGAGGAAAACGCGACGCUGCGACGCGUGUCCACCCAACACCAAAGAAGAGCGGAGCAGUACAAGCAAGAAAUAGAGAUCUGGAAAGGCAGACUACAUGAUCUCAGUGUUGUAUACAACAACCUCCUCUAUGAGAUCCAGGUUCAGAAGAGAAUGCCUGCCGUGGCUCCCAUUCCGCGCGGGUACCGACCCGCUACGCAUCCGCAAUCUGUUGCACUCGGCCAGCAUCUUGCGAGCUCUCCCGCCUUGCCUCUUUCAGAGCAUCCCAUGCCAGGUCCUGCCUCUUCGCCAAACCAUGUCCCUGUACCUGCUCAACCACUCGCCACGUCAGCUUUCCAUGCGCCCAGCACUCCUUAUACCCCCCUGCCUAAUCAAAAUCCGCCUCACAGCAAUUGGCAGCAUAGUGGCAUCACGACUAGUGCACCGGCAGAGCCACAGCCAGAAACAGUGACUAUUGAUCUUACUGACGAAGCGCCCAACAUCACACCCAAUCCAGCUACGAUUGCUCCAUUAAAGCCAACGCAGGCAACCAGUGAGCUUCUUCAAUCAUUGCAGAAGAAGAAGUACAAUUGGCUCGAAAGAGCGAAAUCAGGUUCCGCACAGCCUGCGGUAGCUCGAGCAGGACCUCAACCUCCGCUGCGCUCGGAAUCCGUGCCUCGGGCCUCCCAGCAGUCUCCUGCGCCACGCUCCAGUAACAAUCAGCCGCCCAGCGUGCCUCCUCCCGAGAUGCACGCAGCAACCAAUACUAACCAUGGCAAUCAAAUGGAUGUCGAGGACGAGCUACUCCACGAAUUGGAGGAGGAGCUGGCGCGAGGCUGA